CCAGAUCUCUCCUCCGGGGCUCGACCGAGAGCCUCACGCCCAGAAUGCUGGGGAGAACCAACCAUUUGCUGAGGACAUUCUCCACCAAGGCCAUGAUUUCUUGCCAAAAUAAACUAAAGCUAGCUUUAAUAGGCCAGAGUCUUUUUGGACAAGAAGUCUACAGGCACUUGCAAAAAGAAGGCCACAAAGUUGUGGGAGUGUUCACUGUCCCAGACAAAAAUGGAAAGGCCGACCCUUUGGCAUUGGCUGCAGAAAAAGAUGGAACUCCUGUAUUUAAGCUCUCGAAGUGGAGAGUUAAAGGCAAGCCUAUCCAAGAAGUUGUUGAAGCCUAUAAAUCUGUCGGAGCAGAGCUGAAUGUACUUCCCUUCUGCACACAGUUCAUUCCCAUGGAUGUUAUUGACAGUCCAAAGCAUGGCUCCAUUAUUUACCACCCAUCCAUCCUUCCCCGUCACAGAGGAGCAUCUGCAAUCAACUGGACUUUAAUUCAGGGAGACAGAAAAGCAGGAUUUUCAAUUUUCUGGGCAGAUGAUGGUCUGGACACUGGCCCAAUUCUCCUGCAGCGGGAAUGUGAUGUUGGUCCAAAUGAUACUGUGGAUGACCUGUAUAAUCGGUUUCUUUUCCCAGAAGGAAUAAAGGCUAUGGCAGAAGCUGUGCAAUUAAUUGCUGAUGGUAAAGCUCCUCGUAUCCCCCAGCCUGAAGAAGGGGCAACUUACGAAGGCAUCCAGAAGAAAGAAAAUGCAGAGAUUUCUUGGGAUCAACCAGCAGUAGCUUUGCACAACUGGAUCAGAGGGCAUGAUAAAGUACCUGGAGCUUGGGCACUGAUUGACGGUCAGAGAGUCACUCUCUAUGGGUCAUCAUUACUUGAUGGUUCAGUACCCCCUGGUGAAGAGCUGGCAAUAGAAGAAGCCACCCAACCUGGACUUGUAACCAAGAAUGGGCUUGUUCUUUUUGGCAAUGAUAGAAAAAUGUUGCUGGUAAGAAAUCUGCAGUUUGAAGAUGGAAGAAUGAUCCCAGCAUCUAAAUAUUUUUCUAGUGAUGAAGUGUCUGCCAUAGAUCUUACUGAAGAGGAGAAAAAGAUGGCAGAAGAGAUCAAGUCCAUUUGGAAAGGAAUUUUGAGCAAUGUGCCUGCAAUUGAAGAUUCUAUUGACUUCUUUAAAUCUGGAGCGUCCUCUAUGGAUGUUGUCAGGAUGAUUGAAGAGAUUAAGCAAAAGUGUGGUGGCCUCGAACUACAGAAUGAAGAUGUCUAUAUGGCACCUAAAUUUGGAGACUUUAUCCAAAUGGUUGUCCGGAAACAUCGGGGAGAAGACAAGGAGGAAGAACUAGUAAUAGAUUAUGUUUCAAAAGACAUCAACAAUAUGACUGUAAAGAUGCCAUAUCAGUGUUUUAUCAAUGGACAGUUUAUAGAUGCUGAAGAUGGCAAAACAUACGACUCUAUAAAUCCAACAGAUGGAUCAGUGAUUGCCCAGGUGUCUCUGGCUACAGUCAGCGAUGUUGACAAAGCAGUUGCAGCUGCAAAGGAUGCCUUUGAGCACGGUGAAUGGGGAAGAAUGAAUGCAAGAGAACGAGGGAGGUUAAUGUACAGACUUGCAGAUCUGAUGGAGGAACACCAAGAGGAACUAGCAACCAUUGAAGCCAUUGACUCAGGAGCUGUUUACACUCUAGCUUUGAAGACCCAUGUAGGGAUGUCAGUGCAAACAUUCCGAUACUUUGCAGGAUGGUGUGAUAAAAUACAGGCAAGUACCAUCCCAAUUAACCAUGCACGUCCAAAUCAUAAUUUAACUUUCACCAAGAAAGAACCUUUAGGUGUCUGUGCAAUUGUCAUUCCUUGGAAUUACCCACUGAUGAUGCUUGCAUGGAAAAGUGCAGCAUGUUUGGCUGCUGGCAACACCUUAGUUCUGAAACCAGCACAGGUCACUCCUCUGACUGCCUUGAAGUUUGCAGAGCUCUCUGUCAAAGCAGGAUUUCCCAAGGGUGUUAUAAAUAUUCUACCUGGUUCAGGUGGCUUAGUAGGACAACGCUUGUCUGAACACCCAGAUAUCCGUAAACUUGGAUUUACUGGUUCAACACCAAUUGGGAAACAAAUCAUGAAGAGCUGUGCAGUCAGCAACCUGAAGAAGGUUUCCUUGGAAUUGGGUGGAAAAUCUCCACUGAUUAUAUUCAAUGACUGUGAACUUGACAAAGCUGUGAGGAUGGGCAUGGGGGCUGUUUUCUUCAACAAAGGGGAGAACUGCAUUGCAGCUGGUAGGCUGUUUGUGGAAAAAUCCAUUCAUGAUGAAUUUGUUAGGAGAGUGGUGGAAGAAACCAAAAAGAUGAAAAUUGGUGAUCCACUGGACAGAUCCACAGACCAUGGACCUCAGAACCAUAAGGCUCAUCUACUAAAGCUCCUGGAAUACUGUGAACUUGGGGUAAAAGAAGGAGCCACUCUUGUGCAUGGAGGAAGACAAGUAUGUAGGCCAGGCUUUUUCAUGGAACCAACUAUCCUGACAGAUGUUGAAGACCAUAUGUACAUUGCACAGGAAGAAUCUUUUGGCCCUGUAAUGGUCAUUUCGAAGUUCAAAGAUGGGGAUAUUGAUGGGGUACUAGAACGAGCCAACAGAACAGAAUACGGCUUGGCUUCAGGGGUCUUCACAAGAGACAUAGGCAAAGCUCUGUAUGUCAGUGACAAACUGGAAGCUGGAACCGUUUUUAUUAACACCUAUAACAAAACUGAUGUGGCAGCCCCAUUUGGUGGAUUCAAACAAUCUGGCUUUGGAAAAGAUUUAGGUGAAGAAGCACUUCAUGAGUAUCUCAGAACAAAGGCAGUAACAGUAGAAUAUUAAUCAACAAAGCAAUCCCUUGCUAAUAAAUUCAACUUUAGCAUAUUUCCUCAAGCACAAGGUGAAAAACAUGUCAAAGACAUUUCCUGGCAUUACAAAAGCCAGAAACUCAUCCCACUGAGCGAGGGAAGAGUACUGCAUUCCUUCCAGGAGUUAAGACAUUCUCUCUUCAGGUAUAUCAUUUGUUGCCAAGCAUUGUAUUACCUGGAUCCACCAGCAGAAGCUGUUAUUUUGGUAGAGACCCCCAGGUGAGUCACAGACUAUUCUGUGACAUAUCUUCAGCUAUAACCCCCUUUUAUUGUCUUGGCUCCAUUAUAUUGGCUCCAUUAUCCACUUCAGUUAACUGGAAUGCUCAUCUGCAAGGUUACUGAACAUCCAGUGGUGGACCUAAAUCUACAUAACAGUAACAGAAGUUUCCAGCUCCCUAAGCAAGCAGUGUGUUAAGAUUGCUUGUUUUUUCCAAAGACAACACAUGGAUUUCUUGACAAGUUUCUAAAACUGUUCAUUAUACCAGCAUUAAGCUUCUUUGGUUCAGUGACACAAAUCCAGCAUAUUUUAAGCAGUACAGAAAGCCACUUCGCUAUAACCAUUGUAGAUAAAUUCAAGGAAGUGCCCUUAAUAUGAUAUACAGAGCUUGACAUCUGUGUUAAACUAUGCAUAUAAAAGCUAUAGCAAAUAUUUUAUAAUCUGUUUGCCAAUAAGGAACAUGUACUCAACAGAGCUAUGAAUGCAAAUUACAUUAAAUUGUGCGUGCUUUACAAUCUUGAAAUAA